AUGUCGAGACGUGACGUGGUCCUCACCAAUGUUACUGUGGUCCAGCUACGGCGGGACCCGUGCCCAUGCCCAUGCCCGUGCCCAUGUCCAUGCCCGGUGAUCAGACCAACUCCACCGCCACCCAAGCCUGAGGAGCCACCACCACCACCGCCGCCACCACCACCGCCACCACCACCACCACCAGCGGUGGAGACACCACCACCAUCACCACCACCACCACCACCUCCUCCUCCUCCACCCAAGAUAGAGCCAGAAGCACCUCCACCUCCACCUCCACCUCCACCUCCCCCUCCCCCUCCACCUCCCCCUCCACCUCCUCCACCACCCCAAAAGCCAGCUAGAGAGCUGACAGUGGGCAUCAAUGGAUUUGGACGCAUUGGCCGUCUGGUGCUGCGAGUCUGCAUGGAGAAGGGCAUUAGGGUGGUAGCGGUGAAUGACCCAUUCAUUGAUCCGGAAUACAUGGUAUACAUGUUCAAAUAUGACUCCACACAUGGUAGAUACAAAGGAACCGUGGAACAUAAGAAUGGACGACUAGUUGUGGACAACCUUGAGAUCAACGUGUACCAGUGCAAAGACCCUAAAGAAAUCCCCUGGAGUUCUGUAGGGAGUCCCUAUGUGGUGGAGUCUACAGGCGUAUACUUGUCUAUAGAGGCAGCUUCGGGACAUAUUUCAUCCGGUGCCAGGCGUGUGGUGGUCACUGCACCCUCCCCUGAUGCGACCAUGUUGGUCAUGGGUGUGAACGAGAAGGACUAUAACCCUGGCUCCAUGACCAUUGUCAGCAAUGCAUCCUGUACCACCAACUGCCUGGCUCCCCUCGCCAAGGUUAUUCACGAACGCUUCGGGAUCGUGGAAGGGCUAAUGACCACAGUCCAUUCCUACACGGCCACUCAGAAGACAGUGGAUGGACCAUCAAAGAAGGACUGGCGAGGUGGCCGAGGUGCUCACCAGAACAUCAUCCCAUCUUCCACUGGGGCUGCCAAGGCUGUAGGCAAAGUCAUCCCAGAGCUCAAUGGGAAGUUAACAGGAAUGGCAUUCCGGGUGCCAACCCCAAACGUAUCAGUUGUGGACCUGACCUGCCGCCUGGCCCAGCCUGCUUCCUACUCAGCUAUCAAGGAGGCUGUGAAAGCCGCAGCCAAGGGACCUUUGGCUGGCAUCCUUGCUUAUACAGAGGACCAGGUGGUCUCCACUGACUUUAAUGGCGAUUCCCAUUCUUCCAUCUUUGAUGCUAAGGCUGGAAUUGCCCUCAAUGACAACUUCGUGAAGCUUAUUGCCUGGUACGACAACGAAUAUGGCUACAGUCACCGGGUAGUCGACCUCCUCCGCUACAUGUUUAGCCGAGAGAAGUAACACAAAAGGCCCCUCCUUGCUCCCCUGCGCACUUCGCCCUCCUGCCUUCGGCUCCCCCUCAAAGGAGGGCGUGCGUCUCUCGCGCCGCCGCCGGGUCAACAAUGAAAUAAAAACCAGAGUGCGCACAGCUUUGCCCUCUUGACUCUGCGCCGAUCACCUUGCGUUCAGGGCCAGGUUCAAGGUUCUCGGAUGAGCGAGGAGAGGUGGCGCUUGGCUCCGAGCCGGGUGAGAGAAGGCAAGAGUUGUCUGAACACCGGUCUUAAACCGUGUUGGGCACUGGAAGAACCUGCAGCAAGGCUGGCGCUGGGCGCUCUGACGUCACGGCGCGCGACGUACCAGGCCGGACUACAGUUCCCAUAAGGCCGCGCGCGGGCCACGGCAAGCAGGUGGGCGCCAGGCCCCGGUGCCGGCGAGGCCGACUAGACGAGACCCUUCGCUUGGCGAGUCCCGCGUUGGCGGGACCGGGCGGCUGGCGUCAUGACCCUGUUCCACUUCGGGAACUGCUUCGCCCUCGCCUACUUUCCCUAUUUCAUCACGUACAAAUGCAGCGGCCUGUCUGAGUACAACGCCUUCUGGAAAUGCGUCCAGGCUGGGGUCACCUACCUCUUUGUGCAGCUAUGCAAGAUGUUGUUCUUGGCCACUUUCUUCCCCACCUGGGAAGGUGGCAUCUAUGACUUCAUUGGGGAAUUCAUGAAGGCCAGUGUGGAUGUGGCAGACCUGAUGGGUCUAAACCUUGUCAUGUCCCGGAAUGCAGGCAAGGGGGAGUACAAGAUCAUGGUCGCUGCCCUGGGCUGGGCCACUGCUGAACUCAUUAUGUCCCGCUGCAUCCCUCUCUGGGUGGGAGCCCGAGGCAUUGAAUUUGACUGGAAAUAUAUCCAGAUGAGCAUAGACUCCAACAUCAGUCUGGUCCACUACAUCGUUGCAUCGGCUCAGGUCUGGAUGAUAACACGCUACGACCUGUACCACACCUUCCGGCCCGCGGUUCUCCUCCUGAUGUUCCUUAGUGUCUACAAGGCCUUUGUCAUGGAGACCUUCGUCCACCUCUGCUCCUUGGGUAGUUGGACAGCACUGCUUGCCCGGGCAGUAGUGACAGGUCUGCUGGCCCUCAGCACCUUGGCCCUGUAUGUUGCUGUUGUCAAUGUACACUCCUAGCUUGGCGUCCCAGGUGUUGGCGUACCUUUUUAUUGCCUCUCUCCAGAUUUUAGUGAAGUAAACAGUGUUUGGAAAGGUU